UCCUGUCUCGGCACAUUCAGCCUUGCAUUUCCGAUCUGUCAACCCCUGUUCAGUGUUUUUAGUGGUGCUAUGUAAAGAUCUAAAGGACAGAAAAAAAAAGUUGUCGUCACAGCCCCCUGUAUGUAAUCCGUACACGCUACGCGCUAUUCAAGGAUUGCUUAGAAAUGGAUGCUUCCAUCAGCUAGACUUUCCACCAACGACUUCUUCUCAAAUUCCACCUAGAAUUUCAAUUGCUUCUACCUGGUCAUCAUGCCAAUUCCAUUCUUCUACGACGUACUUGUAAAUGGCCCUCCGGCUUGGGUUCCCGGUUGGGCGCGCGACCCAUGGACCUUGUUCCAAAUUGGAGCCGUUACCGGAUUCCUGUACCUUCUAAAGCGAUACUCCAGCGGAACCGUGAACGUGGCAGAACGCAAAAUGCACGGCCGGGUGGUCAUGAUAACUGGCGGGACAUCAGGAAUAGGCGCUGCUGUAACACGGGACUUAGCUGAACGAGGAGCCCAAAUUGUGCUUCUUACCCAUCUACCGCCGUCGAACCCCUUCCUCGCAGAUUAUAUCGGGGAACUGCGCCAACGAACGAAAAACCAAAUGAUAUAUGCGGAACAGGUCGACCUCUCUUCUCUACAUAGCAUUCGUAAAUUUGCUACCAAAUGGAUCGAUAACGCACCGCCCCGCCGGUUGGACAUGCUCAUUCUAUGUGCUGCCACUAUUACACCACCAGGGGGCAAACGUAUGGAGACGGAGGAAGGAAUUGAAGAGAUGUGGAUGGUCAAUUAUCUCGCCAACUUUCAUCUAUUAGGAAUAUUAAGUCCAGCUCUCCGAGCCCAACCCUUCGAUCGCGACGUACGAAUAAUCAUUCCAACGUGUUCCUCUUACAUUCGGUCUCCGACGCUCAACAGUGCGCUCGUGAAGAAGGAAUGGACCCCAGGGAAAGCUUAUGCCCGAAGCAAGUUGGCGUUAAUGGUAUUUGGACAAGCGUAUCAAAAACAUCUCGAUGCGUACAAGCGACCAGACGAACUUCCAAUGAACUCCCGAGUCAUCUUUGUCGACCCUGGCUUUACGCGCACGCCUGGAAUGCGGCGAUGGCUAACACGGGGCUCGCUCUGGGGACUUGCGGUCUAUGUAUUCUCUUACGUAGUACCCUGGUUUCUUUUGAAGAGCCCGGAAAUGGGUGCUCAGUCUAUUCUUCAUGCUGUUAUGGAUCCAAGGUUAGGGAUGGGACCGGGUGGCAAGUUUCUUAAGGAAUGCAGCGAGGUUGACUUUGCGAGGAUGGAGGUAAAGGAUGAAGAGGUAGCGAAAAAGCUAUGGGAAGCCAGUGACAAGCUUAUUGAGAAGACCGAGAAGGAACAGGCAGCGCUAAGAGUCUUGGAAAAGAAAAAGCAAGAGUUAAAAGAGCAGGAGAAAAAGGAAGCAGAUAAGGCCGAGGAGAUCGACUCGUUAAUAAAUACAAUCAAGAAGGGGAAAGAGGCCGAAAAGAAAACUUCGCGACGGAAGGGUAAGAAGACUUCGUCAUGAAUAGACUUCCUAAUAGAUAGUUUAAUAUUAAGUAUCCUCGCUCUAAUUCUCUUGUGCAACUCACGAGGGAAGAGUCUUGAUGAACCGAGGAAGAUUUCUCCAACGACUUACACAGCAAC